AUGAGCAACUACAUGCCGAAAAGCUUCGACGAAAUAUUGAUGCACCCGAAGGACAAGCAAACCAUUUUGGACUUCUUCAUCCAGUUGAUAAAAUUUAAUAAUGACCCGAUUUUAAGCAAAGAAUUAGAAAGUUUGAGCAGUGAAAAACAGACAAUCGAUGUGCAGAAGAUAAGGAACAUAUGUGUAAUUCUGGGGGCCCCCGGAAGUGGGAAAAGCACAUUCAUCAAGUACCUAUGUGAUAAGUUAAAUAUGAGAGAGUGCCACUACGAAUCGGAAUCUCAGGAACAUAUCACCUGGGUUAGAAGGAGUAGUGAAGAGAAUGAGCAGUACUAUCACCCGUAUAAUAAUUUCCUACUCUAUUCGAAUUGCCAAAUUGGAAGUACAAAAAAGGCAACAAAGAAAUAUGGGAAAAAGAAUAAAGCAUGCAACCUGUUGUUGUGCCAAGGAGUGAGUAGCAACCAUAAGAGGAAGAACAAAUCGGAGCCCAGAGAAAAUUGGCCUUUACACAAAAUGUUUAAAACCGAAUCGGGGAGCAGCCACCCAAAUGGCAGAAUGAGCAAACCGGCACCGCUGGACGUUGAAACGGAGGUUAAAAGGAAAAUUGUAGCGGAUCUUGUACAGUGCAGCGAGGUGAACGGGAAAAUAGCCAGCGUGACGCUCAAAUUGAGCAGCGUUUAUAUGAAUCUGCUAAGUCCCACAGUUAGGGGAAGGAGAAAAAUAGGCACUCCACGCUGCUUAGAAGGCAAGCAGGGUUUUCCCCCCGCCGCUGUCUCUAACCAGUUUAACAAAAUGGCACACAAAAACUACGCCGUGGGGAUUAACAUGUGGAAAAAAAUAAACAAACUGUUAUCUUCAGCUGAUCAUUUGAAAAGGCACAUUUUGGAAAACGAGGAAGAAGCACACAAACUUGAGAAGGAAUUUAUAAUCGAUAUGUUUGUGGAUGGGAAUCACAGCGAAUGCGUAGUUAACAGAAUGCAGCGUUCCUCUAAUUUGCGCAAACAUAUCAGCGAAAACGCAAAAGAAUCCAGCAGUUUAAGCAAAUCCGUCGUAGAUGGCUUAAAAUUGUAUAUUAACCUGAUGGAGGAAGUGAAUGACGAUUUCGCCUUGGCCAACACGCUGAGGGAAGAAUUAACGGACUUUAUCGAAAGGAAGAAAAUAAGACAGAGGGGGGAGAAACUCAUGCCUUAUGGGAGAAGCUACCACUUUUGCAUUAACGGAAUGGAGAAAAAGGAAAUCCAACGAGGGGAAAUGCACAACAUGGUUGUCUUUUCCAAUGUGAGGAGAGGCGAAGGGGCAGAAAAAAAUGCCCCCUCUUGGGUUAUUGGCCCACUCGAAAGAGAAGUCAACCAGUUUGUAGAAUCACACAGGGGGAAGGAAAUGAUCACCCACUUGGUAGAAACCGAAAAUUUAAGGCAAUGCGUGCGGCACUACCACCGCGUUAGUAGUGAGCUGUGUAAGCGGGAGAAUAUCAUCCGAGCGCUUGCUGGGGAGGAAAUAAAGCAAAUUUGCCAAUACAGCACUUUGCAGAGUUAUGAGAAUGGCGGCAUAUACGAUGUCAUGGCGCAUGAGUCUCACACGAGCACCCCUGUGUCGUAUCUAAUGGCGCUAAACGAUCAGUUCACACACCUAAUUAACAGCUUUUAUGCCUUGAAUAACAUUAGGGGGCUCUCCCUGUGCAACUGUUUCUUGGGCAACCAUCUGACCGAGGCGGUGAUUAUUAACACCACCCUUGUGAGUUACCUAAAGGGACACGUAGCUGGUGACCUUAUCAGGAAAAACAACUCCCCCAAGAGGGGAAAUGAAGAAAAUGCUCCGAUGAUCCCUCAGUUUCGCUCAAAAGAGGUGGGCACAAAAUUGGUUCCCCCAUUCGCCACCCCCCUGGGAAACAUUCCAACGGAUUGUCACGAAGAUCACCAUGUUGUGUAUACCAAAUUGAGAGGCAUACUUGAGGGGAAGAAGAACCCCUUUGAGGAUGAAACGUGCCGUUUUACCCUUCUAAACAGUUCACCACAAACGGGUGGCGAUUUGGCCCUGCCGGAGAAGGCAAAAAAGAGAGUAGCCGACUACUGCAGUGAGAUUUACAAAGUGAACAGGAGGGUGGCGAGCAAGCUAACCAGUUGUAACGAUUUGAUGGAAGAAAUGAUCAGCCAUUUGGGCAAAGACAGAGAUGUGAAGGCAAAAAUGCUUCGCGCCCUGAUGGAGGAUAUAGAACUAAACGACACUACGGUCAAGUGGUUCAUCCCAAAUUUUAUGGAGAAACAAAUGAGAAGAGUCAUUUCUGGGAGCUCCCUCUACAGGGAAUUUGCCAACAUCGAUCUUAAAAAAAAAAGGGAAGAAGAGAAACAAAAAAAUUACUACGAAGAACAUUUUAUAGGCACUCGUGUGGUCCUCCUGGACGAAUUGCCAUUAACCGAGUUAGAGUACUCGGAAGACUUCAGAGCGAGUUGCUCCAGUUCGAUGGAAUUCAUAUUCAACCGAGUGAAUCAUUGCAAAGAGGAGUAUGCAAUGCACAUUAGGGGAAACAAUCCCAUGGGGAAGUUCCCCAAGUGCUAUGCAAUUCACCCCAUGGUCAUCUUUAUAAAUGCGUAUGAACAAAUAAGGACCGUUAAUACUUUGCUAGGAAUUGACAUCAAUAAUUCUUCAUAUGUCUCUUUUGUGAGGUUAAGAAAAUUGCACCCUCUAUAUUUGGAAAAAACCCUGGCGGAAAGGUACUACUGUAGAAUGAUCAACCAAAACAGGAACGUGAAAGAAGUUGUAAAAAGGUUAGCUCAUAACUGCAAUGGAGACAUACGGUCCUGCUUCAACGCCCUCGACUUACUAAAUCGAAUUCCCAAUUUGGGUCAAAUGUCAAUGGAAGAAAUUAACAACAUUUCCCUUCUGUGCCAAAAUGAUAUUUUUUCCUUUGCUAGGAAGGUCCUGUAUAGAGACCUGGGGUUGGACGCUAUUUCGACGGACCGCCUCUCCGCCUCAACUUGUUUCAACUUGGACGCGAAUUAUGCUGCCGGGGACACCCACAAUAAGGUGACCCAUGGGAGGAUAAGCGGCAGCGCAGUUGGGAGUAACCACGCAGCAGUUACUACCAACCAUGUGGAGGAGGCAAAAAAUAAACCCCAAAAAAAUGCCCUACACAGUUUCGCCUCCCAUACGAAGAUGCCGCUUCACUCUAGUGGCCACCAGACGAAUCGCCCAACCAUGCCAAGUGAGGGAAAGACGCUCAAACGGGAUAAAACCUACAUGGAGCUUUUCACAGAAUUGGAUGGCAAAGCAGACAUGAUGAGCACAACGGAGAAGUUUCAAGUCCUUUCAUUGUUAAAAGAAAAUUAUAUAUAUUUUUACAACAGCCUACCCGAUAUGGCUAAAUUGUUUUCAAAUCUGAGUGCCAUUAAUUACUCCUUUCGUGGCAUCGACUGCUCAAAUUUUUUAAUGAGAAAGGAGAAUGAAACUAUGACGGACGAUGAGGCAAGGUUUGUGGAUGACCACUUCAGGUUGACCUACAGGUAUUACAUAGUCUGUAAUGGGAACCCCCAGAGCCCCGUGGAUAGCGCGCCCCUGGCGCAGGAGCUGCAGGGAAGAGCGCAGGAAGGGUUAACUAAGGGGAGGACCCGGUCAGCCAAUUCGGCGUUUGCCCACUCGGCAUCCGUCCACCCCCCGUCCGUCCUCGCUUCAUCCCUCCACGCGAACCCCCCCUUCGCGCUGAAGACCAACUCCAUGAAUAAGUACUAUCACCACUUUAGCCUAACCAGGAAGGAAUUAUACGACCGUUACAUCAUGCUUGUGUUGAGGAGGAUAGCGAAUCAACCUGAGGAUACCUCGCACGAUGUUGCAGCAAGGUACCUUUUUUUCUUACGGGGGAAUUACGAGCUGUUCGCUAGCUUUUUCCCCUGCUAUAUUAUGCUCAUUAUACAGCACUGGAAUAGUAAGCACGAGAGCGAGGGCACAGCUGUGGGGGGUAAAGAUGUGGACACUCUUUUUGUUACCACCCCAGAUGAGCCACUCGACAGUGACCCGUUUUCCCUGAACAAAUUCUGCGAAAUGGUACACCACUUCAAACCGCACAGCUCGGGGGGGGAGAGAGCAGAGGAGCAUGCGACGGAAAUCAUUUCAUUUGCGGAAACGUUUGUUACUCCCAAAUUUAUAGCCCUUUUUUUCCCGUCUUAUUUGAAGUACCUAAAGGAGGGGACGAAGCAAAAGCAGGUCGUCCGGAACUUCGUCGGCAACGAAGCCGUGUCCACCGAAACGUACUUCGAGAUGCGCGCCGCGCUCCGCCUGCACGAUAUGCAGCUGCACAGCUAUUUCUUCGAGUACUGA